AUGACUUCACAUUCACUGCAAGCGCCGACAGCUUUUGUCGACAAAAUAGAUCCGUUCAAAAAGGGGUCGCUUAAGAGAAAGCAAAAGAAAUCUCAGGGAUCGUCCAGAUAUCGGCUCACCUCUGAGGUCGAGUUACAGCCAUUACCGCUCCUCAAAGACGUGGCCAGUGGGGAACAGGAGGGCCUGUUUAUACGCAAACUGCGGCAGUGUUGCAUUGCUUUCGAUUUCAUGGAUCCGGUCUCUGAUCUGAAGGGGAAAGAGAUCAAAAGAGCGACACUCAAUGAAUUAGUCGAUUAUAUCAGUGCCGGACGGGGAGUGCUCUCUGAACCCACUUAUCCAGAGAUUAUUAGAAUGAUAUCCUGCAAUUUAUUCCGAACAUUACCUCCGAGUGAAAACCCCGACUUCGACCCCGAAGAAGAUGACCCGACACUGGAGGCCUCGUGGCCUCACUUGCAAUUAGUCUACGAGUUUGUGCUCCGUUUCCUCGAAUCGCCCGACUUUCAGCCCACUAUUGGCAAGAAAGUGAUCGAUCAGAAGUUUGUUCUUCAGUUAUUGGAAUUGUUUGACAGCGAAGACCCUCGAGAGCGUGAUUUCCUGAAGACUGUUUUGCACAGAAUUUACGGCAAAUUUUUAGGUCUCCGAGCGUUCAUUAGAAAGCAAAUCAAUAAUAUAUUCUUGAGGUUUAUAUACGAAACGGAACACUUCAAUGGUGUGGGAGAACUGCUCGAGAUAUUAGGGAGUAUAAUAAAUGGUUUCGCAUUGCCUUUAAAGACAGAACACAAACAGUUUUUGGUCAAAGUUCUCAUUCCUUUACAUAAACCUAAAUGUUUAGGUCUAUAUCACGCUCAAUUGGCGUACUGUGUGGUACAGUUUCUCGAGAAGGACGCCACUCUAACUGAACACGUGAUCAAUGGGUUACUGAAAUUCUGGCCAAAGACUUGUAGUCAGAAAGAAGUGAUGUUUUUGGGAGAGAUUGAGGAGAUCCUCGAUGUGAUCGAACCCUCGCAGUUCGUCAGAGUUCAAGACUCGCUCUUCAGACAGAUAUCCAGAUGUGUAUCGAGUCCUCACUUUCAGGUGGCUGAACGGGCUCUGUAUUUCUGGAACAAUGAAUAUAUCCUGAGUUUAAUCGAAGAGAACAGUGCAGUAAUUAUGCCGAUUAUGUUCCCCGCGCUCUACCGCAUCUCCAAAGAGCACUGGAAUCAGACUAUCAUUGCAUUAGUUUAUAAUGUGUUGAAAACCUUUAUGGAAGUCAACUCCAAACUCUUCGACGAGUUGACCGCCUCUUACAAAACCGAACGACAAAAAGAGAAGCGGAAAGAGAAGGAAAGGGACGAACUGUGGAAACGGUUAUCACAAUUAGAGCUGAACCAUAAGGCAAAGAUAGGGUCGUCAUUAUCUCCAACUCUAACCUCUACUUCAUCGUCAUUCAGUCCAAUGGGAAUGGGAUCACAAAUGAGUGGUAGUGCGCGCGGCGGCGGCAUAUCGUCGGGUGUGGCGCCGGUAGUGAUGAGCCGAAGCCGAGACCGGGAUCUACGCGACUGGAACUCAAUGGAUACGAACGCUUGAUAUUAAUGAGUAUUAUUGAGAUGUUCUGAUAGUUUAGUGGAAAACAAAUAUAAUUCACAACAAAAGUAGGAAAUUAUGAUAUUAUGAUUGAACUGAUGUUUCGCUCAUUUCAUUCAAACUCUUCAUAAUUGAAAUUAGAGACGAUUUAUGCAUACAUUUCAACAUUUGUUUUCCCGUUUACAGAGAUUUGAACUUAAAAGCC